UCAUCUGACACGACAGCGGGCACCGAGUCACCAAGCUCGAUAGCGGGCACCGAGUCAUCUGGCUCGACAGCGGGUACCGAGUCAUCUGGCUCGACAGCGGGUACCGAGUCAUCUGGCUCGACAGCAGGCACCGAGUCAAUAAAGCUCGACAGCAGGCACCGAGUCAUCUGGCAUAACAGCGGGCACCGAGUCAUCUGGCUGGAUCAGGCUGGAUCGGAUCAUCAGGCUGGACCACGAACACCGGGUCAUCAGGCUGGACCACGAACACCAGGUCAUCAGGCUGGAUCGGGUCAUCAGGCUGGAUCGGGUCAU